CUGAUGACAUUUUUUAAUGAAACUAUCUCGAAACAUUUAUUUAAUUUGCGCAAAGACGAAAAAUAACCUAAAAUUGAAGUAUCAGGCGAAAUGUCACGCACAGAUGGAAAUUGCGCCUUGUCAAAGUUGUCAAUGUCAGUCAGUUGUCAUGUAGGUUGCGUUUUGUUACUACAUCGUAGUAAACCUGCCUUGAUGGUAAUAUUUAAUUCUGUUUUUAUCAGAUUCUGCAUGCUCUACCGAGCGAUCAACGGUGAUAGCGAGUCGAGUGCCCCGCUCGAACGCCGUGAAGACCCCGGCACACCGCACAGAGGAGCCCCUGCUCCUCACCAUCGAUAUGAGGGCCCACCGACCCCGUGCCCGGCGCGCGUCGAGUACGCCACGCCGGUGUUCGCGCGCAACUACCAGGGCGUGUGGCGCUACGUCGUGCAGAUCCCAUACGAGGGCUACUUCACCCAGACCGUCGAGGUCACCAGAUGCAUGCAGUCGCGCUGCCACUACUUGGAGGGCGGCUGCCUGAGCUCGCCGCGCUGGGUGUCGCUGCUGGUGGCCGAGAUGCACUACCCGCUCGCGCAGCACGUGCAGGACUUCCAGGAGUACCAGCAGUACUUGCAGAAGCGCUCCGGCCCCGUGGAAGGCGAGCCCAGCACCGACAAGCCGCCGCACUGCGACGGGCACGACAAGUUCGGCUGCUAUCAGGUCUCUAAUGCUGAUUGCCGGUUGCAGGUCCGCCUAUACUACGACUGGUUCCUGGUGCCGGGCUCGUGCAAGUGCUGGCGCCCGGACUACUUCGCGCGGUACGUGCGUCGUCGCCACAACAACGAGCUGUAGGCUCCACCGACCUACAAUACAUACCAUCGAGCCCUCUUUCCAACUGGCCAGGGUCCCACCAGCCGGGUACCCGUCUAGGGUUGCCAGGCGUCCGGAUAAAGCCGGACAUAGUUAGGCUUUUUGAUUGCGUGUCCGGCCAAAAUAACCGAUGUCCGGCCUGUCCGGAUUUGUUAGGCUUUUUAUUUGGCUGCCGCGCCAGGCGAAAGUCGAGCCACAGAAUAUAACACGCACGCAUCAGGACGUUAGGCUAACUCGUGAGCUCACUAAUUGCACCCCCCCCCCCCCCCCUGUCGCAUGUCCGGCUAUUAGGGUAAAAUGUCCGGCCAAAUGAAGCACAGAGUCCGGUCUCACAGUGCGCGUUGACGCACAGGGUGACACACGAACCAAUCACAUAGCUCUAUUCAACACUGUGCGUUCGAUUUUCUGCUUCACUUAAGCAAGCAUCGUUUGUGAAUACGGGCGUGUGUCCACUGAGCGGCAGCGUAAUCGCUAGGAAGACCUCCAAGUAAUUGACAAAUUCCCAUGUUUUUGAGGAAAACACCAUCUUUUCUUUAGAAGCUUGACAUAAUAAUUAUGAGUGUACCUCUGUGUUGCUGAGAUGGUUUGGCCAGUGGAUUUCACAGAAACUAUUUCUAAUAAACUUAAACUUAUACAGGAUGUAAGGUACUGGUUGGAAAAACUUAAAAAACCGGUGGAAUUGAUUGCCAAGCUGUCCCUAACAUCCUGUAUGACUUCGGCAAGGUUUGUAAGUCGACGCUUUUUUCA